AGUAGAAUAUAUAUCAAUGACCUAUGAAUACAAUUUCUUUCAAUUGUUUAGUCAUCCACCACAUGUCCACCAAAGAACGGCGUGUCCGAGCAAUAAAAGAGAUGGCGCGCACCCUGCGUGUGGGAGGGCGGAUCAUGAUUUACGUUUGGGCCAUGGAGCAGAAGAGGCGCAAGUUUGAGAAGCAGGACAUCUUCAUUCCCUGGAACCCCAAUCCCCCUUUAUCUCCUGCCCUCAGAGAGCGAGGCAACGGAACCCAAAGCGUCAGCGACGACUCCGCUUCCAGCGACAAGCACAGGAAAGUGAGAAGCACAUCCUCCAUGGUGGACGAAUCCGGAGACUUGAUCAGCCCCGGCCAGCAGAAACCGCAAAGGCUUUGGUUCUUCUCCAGAUCUUUGGAUUCAGUGCUGGACUUCACCAGCCUGACCGUGUCCCGCUCCUCUUCCAGCACUUUACAAACCCCUGUCGAUGAAGCAUCGGAAAGCAGAAGCCGGCGAACUAGCAGUAGAGGUCUCAUCAGGCAGAUGUCCAGCCUCUUUUCAUCCUCUUCCAGAACCAGUCUAGAAGAAGACGUCUUCAUCUCGGAUCCCAACGAACAGGUCCAUAAAAAUGACAACAGAAGUUCUGGGAAUGGAAAUGAGACUGUUCCUGUGGAGCUCGUCCAUGAUUGUUCUGCAGUACCAUUGCCUGACUUGGUGUCCUACCAGAGGGAUCAGUCAACUCUUGAAGGACACGUGGAGGUAGAUGGUAAAUUGAGCCAACAAGAGCCCUUGCAGAGGCAGGAAAGCACAGCGUCUCUUCUGGAAAGCGAUGGGAUGAGUGGACAGAGCAGCGAACAGCUGAAGGACUCUUGUCUGAGAUACUACCACGUAUUCAGGGAAGGAGAACUGACACAGUUGAUCCAAAACCAUGUUGACGAGCUCCAUGUUCUGCACACUUACUUGGAUCACGCCAAUUGGUGCGUAGUGGCUGAGAAGGUCCAAGUCUGGAAGGUUUAAAUCUCAAUUUAAAUGUUUUAAUUAAUAAUAUCCGUUUUGAGGUCUUUAAAAGUUUUAGUUUGAGAUUUUUAAGUAUUGGGACCAGAGAGCUAAUAUUUAGCUAACAUUAGCUGUUCAGUAUCAGUGGCAAUAACAAGCAAGGUAUCGAUGCUUUGACGUGACCAGUGUUGGUCCAAGUCGUAACACUAAAGCUAGUCGUACUUUAAAAUUUGCUAUUCUAAAAUGUAGCUUUAGUCUCCAUUCUUUGUGAUGUCUUAAGUUUUGAGUUGAAAAUAAUUGACUUCACUUGCACUGAUUUUAAUGGUGUAUCACUAUUAACUGUCUUAAGCAAUGCCUGCCUGAAAAAGAAAGCAUAGCACAUCAUUUUUCUGAACCAAACAAUGUGAGCACAUUUUCUUAUAGAAGGCUCUUCAGGAGUUUGUCUGUGUAGGUGUUGUGUUGUGUGGUUAGUAUUAGCUGUUGUGUUGUGCUCUGAAGCUUUUAAACAAGAUUUUAACUAGUCGAAAGCUUGUUAAUAGAUUACACAAGAUGUAUGUUUGUAUUGGUGUAACUUGACCGUGUCAAAAUGUCUCAACAAAGGUCUUUAAUUUUCCUUUAAACUUGAACCAUUUUUAUGUGUAUUUUGGACUUAAAUAUAAUAAAAGC